AUCCUUCUCCCCUUCUUCUACUUCUUCAACUUCCUCCUUCAACUGCUCCUGCUCAACUUCUCAACCUCAACCACAACAACCAACAACAACCAACACACCAGACUCAGAUUCGAAUAUGGCUCAGUCAACCAACCCAGAACCACCCCCAGAUUGGAUGCUGCCUGGCUUCGAUCCUAACUCAGUCAAGAUCUCUGAGCUGAGAUCCAUCCUACUAGAAAACAAUAUCCCCCACUCCUACACCAAGAAGGCCGAUCUGGUUCAGCUAUUCAAUCGACAAGUCAAACCCAUGACAGCUAAACUUCUCAAGGAUCAUCAGAACGUCAAACCCUCAGCCGCUGGAAUCUUUGACAUGCGUACCGGUCGAUACCUCACCGAUGAUGACCCUCCCGCAACUAGGUCACCCAGAAAGAAAGCCUCGUCCACCAUCUCCAUUGAUCAGGAGUCUCUCACCUCCAACACAUCCAAACAAAGAACAAGCAGACGAGCUACUAAUCGCGAACCAUCUAUCACCGAGCCGGAGGGUGAAUCGACCCCGCAAGUCAGAUCAGUCCGUGGUCGCGCUACUAACCAGAGGAACCAAAGAGAAUCUACCCAACCUGAUUCCUCGCCAGAAAAACCACCCCGAAGAACCGGUAAGCGAAAGGCAAGCGAACAGCCUACCCCAUCCGAACCUGAACCCGAAUCGGAAGUCGAUCAACAGGCUCGUCCUAGUGAGGAGAACUUGAGUCAACCAUCUUCCUCGAUGACCAACUCAUCCCUGUCUCCUGCUCCGGUCAAGAAGCGUCGAUCAGAACUCCCGGCUCAAUCAUCGGCCAGUAACUCAAACGAUCAAGAACCUGCCAUCGCUAAGAAGAAUAUCUCUAAAUCUAAGAAUCGCAGGAGCACUCUGCAUGAAGCUCUCGAAUCUGGAGAGGGGACUUUCAUAGACUUUAACCCAUUCCAGAGUGGAGCAGAGGAUGAUAAGAGCGGUAGUAGUUCCAAAAAACCUCGCCCUUCCAAACGACAGUCGUCCGUCAAGCGAUCUUCUAUUGCCCCAGCCCAGCUGCCAAAAUCCAGUACCACACCCAACAUCUUCAAUACUAUAUCCCCUACUAAAUUCAAUCCAGCUUCACAUCAAAUCCCCGUCCCUCCCAAUCACACUUCUCCCACCCUCCACGCUACUCCAUCUUUUCUACCCAAGUCGACAACCACUGCGGAUGUCUACUCCUUACAACAGACCCCUGCUCGGGAAUCGAUCCGCAAGAGUGGCGCUUUUCCAUCCUUGGCGAGUAACAGAAGACUGACGAUGACUCAUCUUCAGGAUGACUUCGAUGGCAACAGUUCUUUCGAUCUCGGCAACCCCGAGCAUAUUCAGCAGCUCCUCGCACCCGAAGAAAACGAGACUGUCGAUGGCCCGACUCUCCCUCGUUCCCGCCAUUCGACUACCUAUCAUGAAGCGGAGAGAAUGCGAUCUUCGAGAGACAGCAUAGGUGGAACAGUCCCUCACGAGACUGCUCUUCAACCCACGCGGACGCCCGCUUCUGUUCAAUCUCGCAGACAAUCUCAAUUACCACCACGUACACCGUAUGCUCAAACACUCUCUCACAGCUCAUCAAACCUUCAAUAUCAGACCCCAAUCCCCCGUCCACAUAUCCAACGCGUCAGGCUUGACGAACUCGUUCAAACACCGGCUGAGAAAAGAUUGAAGAUUACAAAGCCUUUCCGGAGGACUAUCCCGAAGCGCAACGGGAUGUUUGCCGGGCCGAGUCAAGUGAUCAGUUUUUUCUUACGAUUGGGCUGUCUUGGGUUGAUGUUUGGUGCUGUGAGCUGGUAUCGCGGGCAAGUCGAACGACUGGGCUAUUGCGACACGGGCAUGAAGAGCAAUGCGAUAACCCGAGACCAGCGGAUCGACCAAUUUCUCGACCUUGGCGACAUGGACUCGAGCAAUGACUUGGAGACUUUCUCAGGCACGUUCCGAGCAAAGAUGGGCCAAGCUUUCGAUGCGGCCACUGCCAUCGGUCUGUUACCGGACUGCCAGAGCUGCCCUCCACAUGCGAUCUGCGAAGGUGGGCGGAUCAUUAGAUGCGAGCCCGACUUCGUCAAGACCCAUACCGACUGGGAGAAGGCCGUGCACAGCUGGAUGCCGAUGUUCAUGGGGCCAAAGUGUCUUCCCGAUACCGCCAAGCUUGUCAAAAUCGUUGAGACGGCCAAUCAACUCAACCAGAUCCUCAAGAAACAACGCGGGAGAGUGCUCUGUGGAAUGGGUAUGCGGGCCUCUGACGAAGAGGAAGAGCGAUUGGUGAAGAUCAAGGUCUACGGUCUCGAGGAGAAAGAAGUGCAAGAUCAGAUCCUAUCCCACUCGGACAAGUCAGCAUCUCCUAGUCUGACCUCCUCGUCAGACCAAGAGAUCUUUGAGCUAGCGAUCAAAGAUCUCGAGAAGUCGGGGCAGAUCCUCAGAGAUCAGGGCUGGUUAGCCACCGCUGACUUCAAACAACUCGAGAUGGGCCUCAAAUGUCGGCUCAAAUUGGGCCUCUUCAAGACGAUCAAAAAAUUCAAGUUGAUCCUCCUCUCCUUGGUGCUUGUCCUCGCUGGCUGGAUCUACAUCAGACUCACGAUCUCGAGUAUCGCCGAGGAGAAACAGAAGGUUCGCGAGUUGGUCGAGCUGGCUUUGACGAAAUUGAGAGACGAGUCGUGGAUCCAUCAUACCAAUCCAGCCCUAUCGCCCCAACCACCAACUCUAGCCUCGGCUCAACUCCGGGACUUGAUCCUCUCGUACGAUCAUUCUCCCGUCAAUCGGCAAAAACUCUGGAAGAAGGUCGAGAAAAUCGUCGAGGGAAACUCGAACGUUCGGACUAAAGUCAGCGAGAUCCGAGGCGAAAGUAUUAAGGUUUGGGAAUGGAUCGGUAGUUAUAAGGCUAAUUUGAAUCUCAAUAAUCAUUUGAAUGGCGGGGCUACUGUUCAUGCCAGUGGUGGUGGGAAUUCUUCACACCAAUACAAUGGCUCUCCUGAUGCCAACUCCACUGUCUCUUAACCAGACAUCCCAAACUUGCUCAUUUCUCUCUUGCUCUCCCUCUCUCUCUGUUCUUUUUAUCUGGCUCAUCUUUCCUCUCUUUUUUCUCCCCCUCAUCAUUUAUUCAUCUGGCUUUCAUUAUCCUUAUCAUUUUUUUUUUCUUACAAUGUUGUUUAUCACAUGGAUUUCCUUGAUUUACUCUCAUAUACAUACAUAUGCUUUCUUUU